GGGUGGGGGUCCAGCUCCUCUGAGGACACACCACCCAGGACAAGGAGUAAUUAUGUCGACCGUGAUGUCUCAGCCACCUCCAAAGGAGGAUGAAGAGGACGAAGAGGAGGAGCAGGGGGAAGAGUUUGUGUUUGACGACAGCACGGACGAGGAGAAACCGGAGGAGGACAGUAAAGGGAUCAGCUUGGACUGUGUCAGUUCCGUGCAGGUGUCAAAGAAGGAGGAUAGUGGGACAUCAGGAAACGUAUCACAGACAAUAACAGACGGGACUAAACUCCCUGAGACUUUGCCUCCUGCUGGACAGGAGGGCAUCUCCACCGAGGUCAAGGCGUCAAUUUCUCCUGCAGAUGCUCCAGUUAGUGAGUCACCCAGCUGGGCCGCGGCAGCAGACGAGCCCAGCACCUCGGCUCCUUGUGUGGGGACGGCGCUCCCGGGGCUUCCUGUGGCGCCAUCAGCUGCGGAGAAGCCGGCUGAUUCAGCAGAGCACGGCAGAGAGAGCAUCAAGGAAAGCUCUGGCUCCAGGGACAGCUCUGAAGCCUCACGUGCGGUCGAAGUCGAGCCACCGACGUCGGACUCUCCCGAGGUGAUCUACGACGACGUGCCCGGCGAGGACCCCCUCUCUCCUGUCGAAGACAUGAUUUAUGAAGACGUUCAGAGAGACACGGGUCCUUUGAACGCAGGCAACGGCUGGAGCUCCAGCGAGUUUGAGAGCUAUGACGAGCAGUCGGAUAAUGAGGCCAAACUACCUGCAAAGAGCAAGGUUCAGCAGCUCAUGAAGGCGGCGAGAAGUGGGACAAAGGACGGGCUGGAAAAGACCAAAUUGGCCGUCAUGCGAAAAGUGUCCCUCCUGCAGAGGAAAGAUCAAUCGGGUAAAGAGGAGGAGGAUGAUGCAGGAUACCUGGAUGUGGCUGUGUCGGAAAUGAAGCACCCUCCCCCGCAACUGAGUCCGAUGCCGGAGGGGCUGACCAACCACCAGGUUGUCAGACGCCAUAUCCUCAGCUCCAUCAUCCAGAGCGAGCGCAGCUACCUGGAAUCUCUCCGGAGAAUCCUGCAGGAAUACCACAGACCGUUGAUGGAAGCAGACCCGCGCAUCCUGAGUCCGAGGAAGAUCCGCCCCAUAUUUUACCGAGUCCGGGAGAUCACGCAGUGCCACUCCAUGUUUCAGAUUGCACUGGCGUCUCGAGUGGCUGAGUGGGACAGCAGCGAGAAAAUUGGAGACUUAUUUGUCGCCUCGUUUUCCAAGUCGAUGGUGCUGGAUGUGUACAGUGAAUACGUGAACAACUUCACCGGAGCCAUGGCUCUAAUUAAAAAGGCCUGCUUGUCCAAACCGGCCUUUCUGGAAUUCUUAAAGAAGAAGCAGGCAUCCAGUGUUGACCGCAUCACUCUGUACGGCCUGAUGGUGAAGCCCAUUCAGCGAUUCCCUCAGUUCAUUCUGCUCCUGCAGGACAUGCUUAAGAACACGCCGAAGGGCCACGUGGACCGCCUGCCCCUGCAGCUCGCUCUGACGGAGCUGGAGAUGCUCGCCGAGAAGCUGAACGAACAGAAACGAGUCGCAGACCAGAUUACGGAAACUCAACAACUGGCCCGCAGCGUCAGCGAUCGCCUGCUCAGUAAGCAACUGAACGCGGAGCAGGGGUCACUGGUCCUUUGUGAGACGCUCAUUGAGACCGUGUACGGCGAGCGGGGACAAGUCCUGAAGUCAAAGGAGAGAAAGGUCUUCCUCUUUGAUGAUGUUCUCAUCUGUGCAAACAUAAAUGUCAAGGGGCCUCCAGAUAUCAGCAGCCUCGUCCCCGUGGGCCCCAAGUACACCAUGAAGUGGAGCGCCCCUUUGCAACAGGUGCAAGUUGUGGAGGCGGGGCAGGAGGGCCCUCAAGGCAAAGACACCUUCUUCCAGCAGAGCGGGGCCAAGCGGACGGGUGGCGCCUGCACCUCAGGUAAAGUGAUCCUGGGGCCUCCUCGGCUCUACCAGGAGCUGCAGGAGCUACAACAUGACCUUUCUGUGGUGGAGGAGGUCACGCUGCUUGUGGGCACGCUGCAGGGGACGUACCAGAACCUGAACACCACUGUGGCCCAGGACUGGUGCCUGGCUCUGCAGAGGCUCAUUCGCAUCAAAGAGGAGCAGAUCCAGAGCGCUAACAAAUGUCGCUUACGCCUGCAGGUGCCCGGCAGGCCAGACAAGUCAGGGCGUCCUGUUAGUUUCAUGAUGGUCUUCAACACUCCCAACCCCCUGAGUAAGAUCUCCUGGGUCAACCGACUGCACUUGUCCAAGAUCGCACUACGAGAGGAGAAUUCACCGGGCUGGUUGUACGGAGAAGACGAAGGGAAGACGAAGGCGCCGCUCUGGUGUCCGCUGCUUUCCUGUCACAUGCCCGUCUUUGCCACGAAGUCACCAGAGAGAAAGCUUGAAGCCGCCCUCCAUAAUCCGGUGCACUGUGCAUUGCUGGGCUUCUCUGCAGCGAGCACCUCCUUACCUCAAGGCUACCUCUGGGUGUCAGGUAGAGGUGAAGGUUCACAGGGGCAGAUAGAGAUCUUCUCCCUCAACAGGCCCCUGCCACGGGCUGUGAAGAGCCUGCAGGUGGGCUCUGCUGUCCGAUGUCUGGAAUACGUCCCUGAACCUCCUCAGGCGGACGAGGUGGAGGCUGCAGUUCACAAGGCACCUUCAGGGAGCGGCGCCAACAUUUGUGUUGGACUGGACGAUGGCCGCAUCCUGGUGUAUGGCAGCGUGGACACCGCAGCACAAUGCCUACUGACCCUGCGUAACCCAGAGGGCUGCCCUGUGCUGUGCCUGAAGCAGUCGGCUCGCUUCCUGUUUGCGGGCCUGAGGGACGGCACCAUGAUGGUUUAUGGAAGAAGUAACAGUGACGAUCUUUGGGAACCAGACUCGUGCCGAUGUGUGAACCUGGGCUCGGAACCCGUGCGGACGCUGCUGGUGUUGGACGACUCGGUGUGGGCGAGCUGCGGGAACUCCGUCACAGCCGUGGACGUCUCCAGCCUCAGCACUCAGAAGUUUGAAGUCCACCCGGACCCGAUGGUCAGCGUGGCGCACAUGGCGUGCGCGGGCGGAGGCGUGUGGAUGGCGUUCUCCGAGGGCUCCUCCAUUCGUCUCUUUCACACGGAAACGCUGGAGCUGCUGCAGGAAAUCAACAUCUCCACGCGGUCGACGCUGCUCAACACAGGUCAGAAGAACAUGCGAGUCACGAGCCUCCUGAUUUGCCAGGGGCUGUUGUGGGUGGGCACCGCCCAAGGCUUAAUCAUCACUCUCCCCGUUCCCAAACUGGAGGGCAUCCCCAAAAUAACAGGAAAGGGCAUGAUCUCGUUAAACGCCCACUGCGGCCCAGUGGACUUCCUGGUAGCCACCACCAGCACCCUGUCUCCCGAGCUGCUCAAGAGGGACUCGGUGGGGGAAAGCCCGGACUCGGCCUGUGGGGGCGAGGACCGCAGCGACACGUCCUCCCAGGAAUCCCUGCAGCAGUCCAGCUCCUAUCAGGGAGAGGGGCGAGGCAAGGGACGCGGCGUUCUGCUGCAGUACAAGCUGCGCUCCACGUCGGGAUUGCCCGGGCGGCCGCUAACGGCGCAGGGGGACGAGGCGUCGGACUCCUCCUUGGAGUCCCUGGAGCACAGCGUGGAAGACGGAUCCAUCUACGAGCUCAGCGACGACCCAGAAAUGUGGGUCAGGGGCCGUCCUUGUGAGCGGGAGGGGGGGCGCAGGGACAGGGUGAUCUCGGCGGCGGUGAUCUCUGGAGGCAAGGGCUUCCGCAGACUGAAGGAGGGAGCUCCAGCAGGUACUAGGACAAAUGUGGAGGGUUUAGAGAAUAUUCUAAUGGUAUGGCAGCUCCCACUGACGGUGUGAUAUGAAAUAUAUAUGGCAAGAUGAUGUAUAUUUAUAGAUCACUACCCAGCUUAGCCUCCAGUCACCUGUUCCAUCAUUUUCAAGGGAUUUGGAUGUAUAAUGAGAAGGUGUUGCCAUUGUUACAGAGCUUGAUGUCUUAUGAUUAAACCUGUGGAGUAAGAACAUCUGAGGCGUCCUGUUGACUCGACGCCCGUAGGACGCCUCGGAUGUUCAGGACUGUGCGUCGUGAUCUUUCCAGCGGAGGCCAGAGCUUCACAUCUCCACAGUUUAGUUCCCUGUGCUUGUGGUUCCUCCUCCUGCUUUUGUUUGGAUUGAAAUGCCGCAAUUUAACCUCAUCAACCGCGGCUCUGCCACGUUUAUCUCAUGCGGGGGGGACUUCAGUGUGAGCGACCAUGGACAGCGCGCCUUUGAGAGGCGGCCUUUGUUUUGAAUGUGCCGUGCUCCACGUGUUUUAUCUGAUCCUGUGGGAGAGAUCCCAUCUGUUUAGAGCUGAAAGCCGGGGACUAUACCACCGCAUCACAAAGCACAUUAGCAUCACUUUAUUAGCUCCGCCAGCCUCGCGCUCAUCCCUGUACAAUGUGAAUGUAAGAAACCUUAUAUUGUGUCUCUCAAAAUUCAAUAUGUGCUCUCCGAAGAAGAACUUUAUGUUUUGUUGCAGCUGUUGCAAAAAAAUGUAGAUUUUUUGGGUUUGGGAAAAUUUGAUUCAGCCAAGAACUUACCAGCAUGUUCCUACAGACAAAAACUAAAAGACGCAACUUAUUACGUUUUGCGCCGUAAAAUAAUUCUGUUGUUACAGGUUUACUUAAAAAAAAUCUAAACGUCUGGGAUCCAUAAUCUUCUGCAGCUGCCAGAUAUCAGAUCCAUUAUUCAGUGUCAUCCGUCAGCCUGAUGAAACAAAUGUGUGCUCACACUCUUGUUAAUACGCAACUCACAUUAGCAGGAAACUGCAGUCACAGAUCAAAACCCUAUUAUCCAAUGAUGUAAUAAUCAUGUCAGCUGCUACUGGCUAUGUGUCAACGAAGGGAAUCGAACUAAGACGUGUUUACCUGCACAUUCGUUUUUCAACAACACAAGGAUUCUGACUCAAGGGGAUGUUUUACAAUGGACAGCACAUCUGUACUGAAAUGAACACAGAUGUUAAGUCACAUCAAACUCAUCUCAUUAGUUUUCAUGAUAAUAUUCGGAGUUUAACACAAACAUUACAUUUUCCUGUAAA